CUGAGGCCGAGGCCGGUCGUCUCUGUCCUUUCAUCCAUCCAUCUAUCCAUCCAUCCAUCCAUCCAUCCGUCCCUCCCUCCCAGCCUGCUGCGGACACAGGCGGCGGCGGUUCAGUGGGGUAUGGCGGUGGGUGGUGGGUGAUCCGCGGAGCCGAGCGGGGGGAGCCGCUGUGGCGGGGCUGGGCCCGGCCCGGCCAUGGGGUUCCUGCACCAGCUCCAUCUCCUGCUCUGGAAGAACGUGACGCUGAAGCGGCGCAGCCCGUGGGUGCUGGCCUUUGAGAUCUUCAUCCCCCUGGUGCUCUUCUUCAUCCUUCUGGGGCUGCGGCAGAAGAAGCCAACCAUCCCUGUGAAGGAAGCUUUCUACACGGCGGCGCCGCUCACCUCGGCCGGGAUCCUGCCCGUCAUGCAGUCCCUGUGCCCCGACGGCCAGCGCGACGAGUUUGGCUUUCUGCAGUACUCCAACUCCACGGUGACGCAGCUCUUGGAGCAUCUCAACGAGGUGGUGGAGCAGAGCAGCCUCUUCGACCCACAGCAUCCGGGGCUGGAGGAGGAGCUGGAGUCGCUGCGCCGGCGCCUGGAGGCCCUCAGCAGCAGCGAGCCCAGCUCCAUGGAGACCCACUUCAGCAACCGACUAGGAUCUGGCUUCACGCUGGCAUGGGCAGCCAAGGACCAGGGUGAGCUGCACCGUUUCCUGACACAGAACCUGUCCCUCCCCAACAGCACAGCCGAGCUGCUCCUGCGCUCCACCAUUGACCUGAAGGAGGUGUACCACCUGGUUUUUGGUUCCUUUCCUUUGGUACCUGAUGAGACCCAUGAGAGAGACCUGUGGAAUGAAUUUGGCCCCAGUGAGAAGAUCACACAGCUAGAGAAGAGCCUCCCCAGUGGCUGGAGGAGUUUGCGGGAAGGGCUGAUCCAUAGGGUGUUGCGGGACCCAGCGGCAGCCCCGCGCCGGCCAGCGCUGCUCCGGCUGCUCUCCCGGGCCCUGGGCCUCGCCGGCACUGCCCCGGUGCCCACCACCACUGACAGCCCCCAGGCCUUUGUCACCGAGAUGGAGCGUGUCCUCUUCACCGGGCCGGUGCUGGAGCAGCUGACGUGCGAGCAGGCCCGGGGGGGGCUGCACCGGCUCCUGCGAGUGCCCCCCGGGCAGCAGCCACUGCUGCAGGCGUACCGGGCUCUGGCCUGCAACGGCAGCCGGGCCACCCGCCGGCAGCACUUCAGCCAGCUGGCUGCUGUGCUGCAGGACCAGAUGGACACGCCCAAGAUCACCAGCAGGCUGAAGCUGGAUGAAGUGAACAGCACAGCUGCCCAGCACCGCCUCCACACCCUCCUGGAGGACCUGAUGGAGAUGGAGAAGGUUCUCCGCGAUGUGGACAUCCUCUCGGCACUGGCCAAGCUGCUGCCCAAGGGAGCCUGUGCCAGCAAGGCCCCACCACCCACUGCCAACAGCACUGGCUGGGCUGGUGCCAACGCCACAGCUGGCAAUGCCACGGCAGAGGAGGAGGCUGCUGUGGGAGGCCCGGGCAGUGGUGACAACCCCCAGGGGCAGUUCUCAGCAUUUGUGCAGCUCUGGGCUGGGCUGCAGCCCAUCCUCUGUGGCAACAACCGGACAAUUGAGCCUGAGGCGCUGAAGCAGGGCAACAUGAGCUCUCUGGGCUUCACCAGCAAGGAGCAACGAAACCUGGGCCUCCUUGUGCACCUGAUGACCAGCAACCCCAAAAUCCUAUAUGCACCUGUGGGCACUGAAGUGGACAAGGUUAUCCUGAAGGCCAACGAGACCUUUGCCUUUGUGGGCAAUGUCACCCACUAUGCCAAGGCAUGGCUGAACAUCUCCCCUGAGAUCCGUGCUUACCUGGAGGAGGGCCGGCUGCAGAGGCGCAUCCGCUGGCUCCAGCAGUUCACCGCUGACCUCCACAAGCACCCAGAGAUCCUGAAUGUGUCAGACAGUGAUGUUCUCCAUAGCUUCCUCAAUGGCAACUUCUCCCUGCCCAAUGCCAGUGUCCUGCUCCAGCAGCUGGACACCAUUGACAAUGCUGCCUGUGGCUGGGUCCACUUCAUGGCCAAGGUCAGUGUGGAUGUCUUCAAAGGGUUCCCAGAUGAGGAGAGCAUCGUCAACUACACGCUGAACCAGGCCUACCAGGACAAUGUCACGGUCUUUGCCAGUGUCAUCUUCCAGACCAACAAGGAUGGCUCACUGUCUCCCCAUGUCAUGUACAAGAUCCGGCAGAACUCCAGCUUCACGGAGAAGACCAACGAGAUCCGACGGGCCUACUGGCGGCCUGGCCCCAACACUGGCGGCCGCUUCUACUUCUUGUAUGGCUUUGUCUGGAUCCAGGACAUGAUGGAGCGUGCCCUCAUCAACACAUUUGUUGGCCAUGAUGUGGUGGAGCCUGGCAACUAUGUGCAGAUGUUCCCGUACCCGUGUUAUACCCGGGACGACUUCCUCUUUGUCAUCGAGCACAUGAUGCCCCUGUGCAUGGUGAUCUCCUGGGUCUACUCUGUGGCCAUGAUGAUCCAACACAUUGUGACAGAGAAGGAGCAUCGCCUGAAGGAGGUGAUGAAGAUGAUGGGCUUGAACAAUGCAGUGCAUUGGGUGGCUUGGUUCAUCACUGGUUUCGUCCAGCUCUCCAUCUCAGUCACAGCUCUCACUGCCAUCCUGAAGUAUGGCAAGGUCCUGAUGCACAGUGAUGUCCUCAUCAUCUGGCUCUUUCUUGCCAUCUAUGCAGUGGCCACCAUCAUGUUCUGCUUCCUGGUGUCAGUGCUCUACUCGAAGGCCAAGCUAGCCUCUGCCUGUGGCGGCAUCAUCUACUUCCUCAGCUAUGUGCCCUACAUGUAUGUGGCCAUCCGGGAGGAGGUGGCACAUGACAAGAUCACAGCCUUUGAGAAGUGCAUUGCGUCCCUCAUGUCCACCACGGCCUUUGGGCUGGGCUCCAAGUACUUUGCACUGUAUGAGGUGGCCGGCGUGGGCAUCCAGUGGCACACCUUCAGCCAGUCACCCGUGGAAGGAGAUGACUUCAACCUCCUGUUGUCCAUGAUGAUGCUGAUUGUGGAUGCAGUGGUGUACGGGGUGCUCACAUGGUACAUUGAGGCUGUGCACCCGGGCAUGUUCGGCCUGCCGCGGCCCUGGUACUUCCCCUUCCAGAAGUCCUACUGGCUGGGCAAUGGGCGAGUGGAGACCUGGGAGUGGACGUGGCCCUGGUCCCGCACCACUCGCCUCAGCAUCAUGGAGGAGGAUCAGGCCUGUGCCAUGGAGAACCGGAGGCUGGAGGAAACACGGGGCAUUGAGGAGGAACCAACCCACCUCCCCUUGGUCGUCUGCAUUGACAAGCUCACUAAGGUCUACAAGACAGACAAGAAGCUGGCACUGAACAAGCUGAGCCUCAACCUCUAUGAGAACCAGGUGGUGUCCUUCCUGGGGCACAAUGGUGCAGGCAAAACCACCACCAUGUCCAUUCUCACUGGCUUGUUCCCUCCAACCUCGGGCUCUGCUACCAUCUAUGGCCACGAUAUCCGGACAGAGAUGGAUGAGAUCCGGAAGAACCUGGGCAUGUGUCCCCAGCACAAUGUGCUCUUUGACAGGCUGACAGUGGAGGAGCACCUCUGGUUCUAUUCACAGCUCAAGAGCAUGGCAGAGGAGGAGAUCCGCAAGGAGAUGGACAAGAUGAUUGAAGACCUGGAGCUCUCCAACAAACGCCACUCCCUGGUGCAGACUCUCUCAGGGGGCAUGAAGAGGAAGCUGUCAGUAGCCAUUGCCUUUGUGGGUGGGUCACGGGCUGUGAUCUUGGAUGAGCCCACAGCUGGUGUGGACCCAUAUGCACGCAGAGCCAUCUGGGACCUCAUCCUCAAGUACAAGCCAGGGAGGACCAUCCUGCUCUCCACACAUCACAUGGACGAGGCUGAUCUACUGGGUGAUCGCAUCGCCAUCAUCUCCCACGGCAAGCUCAAGUGCUGUGGCUCUCCACUCUUCCUCAAGAGCACCUAUGGUGAUGGCUACAAGCUGACAGUGGUGAAGAAGCAGUCGUACACCAGGAAUGGCACAGAGCUGGGUCAGCCACACAGCCCUCCAGCCCACUCCUCUGUCAGUCCCUGCUCCGAGCCUCGCGUGUCCCAUUUCAUCAAGAAGUAUGUGGCCUCUUGCCUCCUUAUCUCGGACACCAACACCGAGCUCUCCUACAUACUGCCCAGUGAGGCUGUCAAGAAGGGCUGCUUUGAGAGGCUCUUCCAGCACUUGGAGCAGAGCCUGGAGGAGCUGAACCUCACCAGUUUUGGACUGAUGGACACCACACUGGAGGAGGUCUUUCUGAAGGUGUCUGAGGAGGACCAGUCGCUGGAGAACAGUGACGUGGACAUGAAGGAGUCCAAGAAGGAUGCCCUGCGGCCACCUGCCCCAGAGCUGGGCCCGAAGCCUGAGGCCAAUGGGGAGCCCCUGGCUGAAGCAGCUGUGCUGGAGAAGCCCGAGGUGGAGCUCAGCAACCUGGUGACCUGCUCCAAGCUGACGCAGUCACAGGCGUCCCUGCGCUCAGGCUCCUCGGUGGGCUCCAUGCGGGGCGAUGAAGGUGGGGCUUAUUCCGAAUUCUUUGGGGAUUAUACACCCCUGUUCGAUAACCGGCAGGACCCUGAUAACAUCAGUCUGCAAGAGCAAGAAGUGGAGGCAGAGGACCGAGACCUGGCUGGGCAGGGGAGCUUCAAACUGGAGGGCUCGUGGCUGAAGCUGCGCCAGUUCCAUGGGCUGAUUGUCAAGCGCUUCCACUGUGCCAAGCGCAACACCAAGGCCCUAUUCUCGCAGAUCCUCCUGCCCGCCUUCUUCGUCUGCGUGGCCAUGACUGUGGCACUCUCUGUGCCUGAAAUAGGUGACCUACCACCCCUCAUCCUCUCACCAUCACAGUACCACAACUACACCCAGCCCAAAGGCAAUUUCAUUCCUUACGCCAACGAGGAGCGGCGCGAGUACCGUAUCAGGCUGUCUCCUGAUGCCAGCCCCCAGCAGCUGGUGAACACCUUCCACCUGCCCUCUGGUGUUGGGGCCACCUGUGUGCUCAAGAUGGCCUUCAACAACACCCUGGACCAACCCAUGCAGACCCUCAACCUCAACAGCAAUGAGUCCAAGAUGCUUGCGGCCAAGUACUUCGAUGCCAUGUGCAUUGACUCCUUCACCCAGGGCCUGCCAUUCUCCAACUUCGUGCCGCCGCCUCCAUCCCCAGCCCCCUCUGACUACCCUGUCUCAGUGGAUGAGGAUCUGCUUCGUGCGUGGAACUCUACAACCUUCUCCUCCUCCAUCAAAGAGACCGUCACCUCGGCCCCUACCCUGCCCCGCAUCGUCCAUGAGCCCAUCAGGUGCACGUGCUCCAUGCAGGGGACUGGCUUCUCCUGCCCCAGUGGUGUGGGGGGCCACCCCCCGCAGAUGAAGGUGGUGACGGGGGACAUCUUGGCAGACAUCACAGGGCGCAACGUCUCUGAGUAUCUGCUCUACACCUCGGACCGUUUCCGGCUGCACAGGUAUGGGGCACUCACCUUUGGCAACGUCCAGAAAUCCAUCCCAGCCUCCUUCGGGGCCAAGGCUCCAGCCACCGUGCGCAAGAUCGCAGUCCGGAGGGCAGCCCAGGUCUUCUACAACAACAAGGGCUACCACAGCAUGCCCACCUACCUCAAUGCUCUCAACAAUGCCAUCCUGCGGGCCAACUUGCCCAAGAGCAAAGGCAACCCUGCUGCCUAUGGCAUCACAGUCACGAACCACCCCAUGAACAAGACGAGUGCCAGCCUGUCCCUGGAUUACCUCUUGCAGGGCACAGACGUGGUGAUUGCUAUCUUCAUCAUUGUGGCCAUGUCCUUCGUGCCAGCUAGCUUUGUGGUGUUCCUGGUGGCUGAAAAGGCCACCAAGGCCAAACAUCUGCAGUUUGUGAGUGGCUGCGACCCUGUCAUCUACUGGUUGGCCAACUACGUGUGGGACAUGCUGAACUACCUGGUGCCGGCCACGUGCUGCAUCAUCAUCCUGUUUGUGUUCGACCUCCCAGCGUACACCUCUCCCACCAACUUCCCUGCCGUCCUCUCCCUCUUCCUUCUCUACGGCUGGUCCAUCACUCCCAUCAUGUACCCUGCCUCCUUCUGGUUUGAGGUGCCCAGCUCUGCCUACGUCUUCCUCAUCGUCAUCAACCUCUUCAUUGGCAUCACGGCCACUGUUGCCACCUUUCUGCUGCAGCUGUUUGAGCAUGACAAGGAUCUGAAGUUGGUGAACAGCUACCUGAAGAGCUGCUUCCUUGUAUUCCCUAACUACAACUUGGGUCAUGGCUUGAUGGAGAUGGCCUACAAUGAAUACAUCAAUGAGUACUACGCCAAGAUUGGGCAGUUUGAUAAAAUGAAGUCGCCCUUUGAAUGGGACAUCGUGACACGGGGACUUGUUGCCAUGACAAUUGAAGGCUUCGUCGGCUUCUUCAUCACCAUCAUGUGCCAGUACAACUUCUUCCGAAAACCCCAGCGGCUGCCCGUCUCCACCAAACCCAUUGAGGAUGACAUCGAUGUGGCCAACGAGCGUCACCGUGUCCUGCGCGGCGACGCCGACAAUGAUAUGCUGAAGAUUGAAAACCUCACCAAGGUGUACAAGUCCCGCAAGAUCGGGCGCAUCCUGGCUGUGGACCGACUGUGCGUGGGCGUGCGGCCCGGGGAGUGCUUCGGGCUGCUGGGUGUCAACGGUGCGGGCAAGACAACCACCUUCAAGAUGCUGACGGGGGACGAGAGCACCACGGGCGGGGAGGCCUUCGUUAACGGGCACAGCAUCCUGAAGGAGCUCCUGCAGGUCCAGCAGAGCUUGGGCUACUGCCCUCAGUUCGACGCACUCUUCGAUGAGCUGACAGCCCAGGAGCACCUGGAGCUCUACACCCGCCUGCGUGGCAUCCCCUGGAAGGACGAGGAGCGGGUGGUCAAGUGGGCACUGAAGAAGCUGGAGCUGACCAAGUAUGCUGACAAGCCUGCCAGCACUUACAGUGGAGGCAACAAGAGGAAGCUGUCCACAGCCAUUGCACUGAUUGGAUACCCGGCCUUCAUCUUCUUGGAUGAGCCCACCACAGGGAUGGACCCCAAGGCACGACGCUUCCUCUGGAACCUCAUCCUGGAUGUCAUCAAAACGGGUCGCUCUGUGGUGCUCACAUCCCACAGCAUGGAGGAGUGUGAGGCGCUCUGCACCCGCCUGGCCAUCAUGGUGAAUGGGCGGCUCAAGUGUCUUGGCAGCAUCCAGCACCUGAAAAACAGGUUUGGAGAUGGUUAUAUGAUCACAGUGCGCACCAAAUCCAGUCUCAACAUCAAGGAGGUGGUGAGGUUCUUCAACCGCAACUUUCCCGAGGCUGUCCUCAAGGAGCGGCACCACACCAAGGCCCAGUACCAGCUGAAGUCAGACCAGAUCUCACUGGCACAGGUCUUCAGCAAGAUGGAGCAGGUGGUGGAUGUCCUGGGCAUCGAAGACUACUCUGUCAGCCAGACCACAUUGGACAACGUGUUUGUGAAUUUUGCCAAGAAGCAAAGUGACAACCUGGAGCAGCAGGAGACGAGCCCCAGCUGCACCCUGCAGUCACCCCUGGAGCAGGUGCUGAACCUGCUGCGCCCCCGCGCCGCCCCCACCGAGCUAAGGGCCCUGGUGGUGGAGGAGCAGGAGGACCUGGAGACAGAUGAUGAAGGCCUCAUCAGCUUUGAGGAGGAGAGGGCUCAGCUUUCGUUCAACACGGACACGCUGUGCUGAGACCCCUGGAGGCAGCCACGUCCCCUGGCUCUGAUGCCACUGAACCCUUUUGGCCUCUCCCCUCCCUUCGCCCCGUUGAGCGGAGCUGCUGCGGCCAGAGACACAAGCCAGGGAGGACACGGCAGAUGUGGCACCAGCCUGGCUGGACCCUGCGAGCCACCACCUGCUGUGUGGCCUUUGUCCCCUUCAGCUCCAGGGCAUUGUCCCUGUGUGCUACUGGGGGCCACUGUCCUCAGCCAGUUUGCCCAGCCAGUGUGUGCCAGCAGACAGAGACUGCGAAGAGAAGGACACUGCCUGGCACCAGCGCUGCCAGCCCCACAUGCUUUGUGUUGUGGACGAGGCCUGUGAGUGGUGCCUUCAUCUGGACACUCAUGUUGCACCCACCCCGGAGACCCCUGGCUGUGAAGAUGCCCCGUUUCCUCCUGGCACCAUCAGCACCCCAGGCCUGGCCCUGGCAGGGUGGGAGGAAGGACGAUUGCUUCGCCUUGUUUCCAUCCCCCAGGCCUGGUGCUUGCCCUUGGCACUGGGGGGGGUUCAGGGUCCAGCGCCGCAGGGGCAGGAGCCCUGGUGCUUCACCCACAACUGUCUCCUGUCACCCAAAGGAUGCCACUGGUGACCUCCAGUCUGCCCAAGAUGUGGCCACUGCCCCACUGGUGCGUCCUGCCUGCCCAUGUUGCUGCCAGCCUAGCAGUCCAGCUGACCUGGCUCUGCCAUGUGUGUGCUGGGCACUUGGCACCACCUGGGGCCAGGCAGUGGGGCCCCAGCAGAGGGGCACGUGCGGGGGCAGAGGGGCAUUUCACAGGGUAUUUCACAUGCUGGCACCAGCUGUUUCUUCCCUCUGCCCCCAGCCACAUCCCUCCUCCCAGAGCACCUCAUCCUGCCUUCUGUCUGCCCUUACUGCUUGCUUGCCCUCCACAGGGCACCACUGCUGCUGUGCCACCUUUGUGCUGUGUCCCCCUCCUUUUGCCCUGGCACCCAUUGCUCAGUGUCUGGCCCUGUAAUGGAGCCACUUGCACUGGUUUCUUAUUGGGUCACUGGUGGUAGUGGGAGAAGGGUUGCUGCACCCCCCCAGGAUGGCUUCUGAAGUUGGGAGUGGCCUCGAGGUAUGAGGUCAUGACAGCCCAGCUGAGUGCCAAUGCAGUCUGGCAGAAGUGCCCGGGAUGGUGGGGAAGGAAGGAUGGACUGUGGUGGUGGUGGGGCUGUCAGUGUCACCAGGGCCAGCAGUGAGCACCCCCUCGACCAGCAGUGCCCCUCCUUUCUGCAGAGGGUCCUGCUGCCUCAUCACCCGCAGGGGCCAUGCCCAGCACGCACAGCCCAGCAGCACCCCCAGCUCUUCAGCCACCUGCAGCCAUGCCAGGAGAUGGGGUGGUGGCAGGGCCUCUGAUGUUGACCUCCACUAUCCCCCCCCCCCCCACCAUGGGUGCCCCAGGUUCUUACAGCAACCUGGGGUGGCUGUACACAGUCCUCCUUCCCUGGGGAGCACUCAGGGCCAAGCUGCUCCAUGUCUGUCCCCAUCGCCUCUUCAGCCUCCCUGGCGUGGGAUCAGUUGGAGGCCCCGAGCUGGCUCCGAGCACCAGGUCACCUGGCUCCCUGCUGUGGGCAGCACUGCAGGGGGAGGUGGGUAGGACACCAGAGCAGAAGCAGACACAGGCGGCAUCUGACCCUUCACUGUCCCUGUGCCCCUUGGUCUGGCCAGUUGUGUAUGCCACCUGCUAUAGAUUGUGAUGCAAUAUACUGUAUUUUCAAUAGGGGAAAAAUUGGGGGAGAAAAGCUCUAUUUUCUGAUUUUUUCAGACCAUAUUUUUUUUAAAGGUAUACUGGAAACUGGCAGGCCCUAGGGUGGGGUGGAUGGCACAGGUGGGCAGCCCCUACCCUGCUCCCUUGCUGGGCACACUUUGCCUUCCUGGGUGGACAAUGGGGAACAAGCUACCUUGGGGUGAGCCCUUUGCACCAGGGAGAGAGGAGAUGGUGACAGCUUUGGUUUUCUAGCUGUCACCUUGCUGGUGGCUCCCUCUGGGCCCCCCAAGGGUGGGCAUGGCACCUUGCCCUGUGCUCUGGCCUGGGCUUGGUCCUCCCCCACCCCGAUGCCUUGCAGCUCAGGGAGGGCACAGAGCCCCCUACUCUGCAGAGCAGCCCCCACCUGCUGCUGUGCCACUGUCCCUGUGUCUUGAUGGUCAGUGGAAAAAGAAAAAAAAAAAAGGGUUUUGUGCCCCCUGCACAGUGUUGCCCACACAAAACCCCCGUGAGAACAGCCCCUGGGUGGAAAGUCGGGUGGAAGCAGGAGGGCAUCACCCCAAGGCAGGGGUGGCUGCUGCCUUAACACUAUUUUGCUUCCUUGAGUUUGGCCUUGCUUCCUGCCUCCUCCCUCUGCACGUCCCUGGCCACCAGCCCCGGGCACAGUGCCGGUGCCACACAGGGCCCCGGCACGGGGCACCCCUGCGGGUGGUGAUGCCUUGGAAAAGCCUGUACAUUGCAAACAAAACAAACAAAGGAUGAAAUGUGAAAAUAAUUAUUGUUUUAAAUAAAAAAUUAAUAACUGGA